AUGCCAAUCCAAGCAGAUCCAUUUUAUAACAACCACUGCCAGUAUAGGCUGAACCACCUCAGGAUAAGCUACUACAUAUUGGGUCACUACAUGCUGAGUCAUCUAUGAAAUGUCUAUACAGGAGGUGCAUGCACAGUACGUGUCUGAUGCUACUGCAGAAUGUUCCGACACAAGCUACGCCUAUACAGGCUAUGUCAAUACAGGAAUUACAGUUACGACAUGCGAUACAAAAAGUGGAUCUACAAUAUGGUGCAGCACAUGAUAUGCCUGUGCAUAACAUGGUACUAA